AGAUCUUCUUCAAAUCGCAUCGUCAUAAUACAGGGGCAAACAUUGCAACUGAACAUCUCCUUGAAAGGAACAGAUGAUACUAUGCCAAUGCUGGUGUUUCUUGAUUGGAACUUUCGCGCUGACAAAUCGAAUUUUGAGAAGCGACUACUUUCUGUCACAUGGGAUCGAGGCCACGUUGUGUCUGAAGAGUUUUACGAUGACCGAGCAUCGAUACUGGACAGCGCAAGUUUGGUACUUGUUGAUACAACUUCGUCAGAUAGUGGGAUCUAUUGGUGCAAUGUGUUUUCUCUACCAUCGCAACAUUAUCCUGUGUUGCACUUUAAUGUUACAGUUCAAGGAAAUCCAACGGCAGAAAUGAGAUGCCCCGAAAGAGUAAAUGUCCCACAAGGGAUGAAUUUUUCAUGCUGGUGUUUUGCGCACAGUCGUUAUUUUACUCCAAAAUCCUUCUGGCAAAUGGACGGAGCUCCUCCGUUUCUGGAUGGAAGGAGGAGAGACGGAGGUGUUGAACUGUUUCUUCAAGAUGUUCAAAAUCACAUGACUGGAACGUACAUAUGCAGAGCACAGCUUCACUCCAUGAUAGUUGAAAAGAAAUUGACAUUAUCAGUUCUCUAUGCUCCAAAGAUCCGUUCAUUCAACGGAAAGCUUCUCGAAGAUAAGUCAAUGAAGAUGACCUGCCUUGCGGACGGUCUGCCUAAACCAACUUAUGUUAUCAAACUUUCAAAUGGUUUGUCCUACACUGCCGAUAUUUCUGGAGUGAUUGUUAUAAAGGAUUACAAAGUUAUAGUUAAUACAACUUAUGUUUGCAUUGCGAAGAACAGUCAGGGUGAAGAUCAGUGGCGGUUGAAUGGAAUUCUAACUAUUUCCAAAGAUGGGACGGCCGGAAAUCAAAAAUCCUUCCUUCAACAGUAUGUGUGGUAUAUUGUCGGUGGUGCCGCAUUAAUUGGGAUAUUAUUGGGGUUUUUGCUGUUGAGAAUAUAUCAGUCAUCUGACUGCAGGAAAUCUGAAGAAGAAGCGGAGCAAAACGACCAAAAUUCCCCGGUGUAUAUUGAUCCUGCCACUCUGCCUAUUUCCCAAGGCCGAAAGAUGGACCCCCUGAAUUAUAUUGAUGUGCAUGUAUUACCAAGCAUCCCGCAGGGGGGAGCGAAUGACAAUAUGGCGGUCUAUGUUGAUCCAGAUACCGUUGUUUCCUCGAGAGAGAGGCUGGGGGAAACGAGAGCGGGUGAGAACCAGAAUCUUAGGGAAACACAGGCAAGGAAGCCCCCGGAAGAUGAUGAUCGGGUGUAUCAGUCACCAGAUGAGUCACUGACAGACGAUGGUGGGGAGGAAUCCGAAGAAAAUCAGGCGGAAGAAGAAGUUCAGGCAAACUCCGAAACCGAGACAACAACAAAGAAAAAAUGCCCGCCGCGCGUUCUUACAAAGCCUCGCGCAAACACAGAACCAAUGCUAGGAUACCAAGAUCUUGAUAGCUCAGAUGAGAUUGAAGAAAACUUCUAUCAUAGUUUAAGAUCAGCGAAUAGCGGUCAUGCGAAAUCUCAUUAUUAUGUUAAUGAGCGAGUCAAGGUGAAGGAUUAAAUAUCGUUUUCGGAGAAUUAUAACUAACCACUGAUUAAAAUGUACAUCAACAAACUCAAUCACUUCAAGAGCUGUAGUUUCUGUUUAUUCAGCGAGUUCUAUACUCUAAGUUUCGCACUUUACAUAUUCCGUUUCGUCAUGAUUUCAA